CUUUUUCAAUCGCUAAAUCCUUUGAAUUAUAUUAUUUGAUCUCUAUUAAUUUCUUCGUCUUUUCUAGAACCUUAGGGGAGAUGGACAAGAAGUCCAAGGUCUCCCCCCUACCCGACGAGGACGAAACAAAGGUGGCGGUUUUAGGAUACCCUCCAUUACAACCGCCACUCCCUCACCACCACUAUCCCGGAUACCCUCUUCCGGCGCCAGCCUAUCAUCCCGGAUUUCCGCCGUCUCCGUCUCCGUACGCCACCGGGCCCCCGGGGUACCCUAACCACCACCACCAAUAUCCUCCCAUGCAGACCUACUACCAACCGCCGCAGCACCCCGGGUAUUACAACGCCGCCGCGGUGCCGCCGCACGUGGAAUUCGAGCCGCGCCGGAAGCUACUUUUGGCGCGUGUGAUUUUGUGCCUCUUAGUUUUCUUGAUCCUCGGGACGGCCGCCAUGAGCGUGCUGACGUAUGUCGUCUUCGGCUCCGCCGUCCCCUUCUUCGACGUCGUCGCCUUCUCCGUCCCCUCGUUCAAUCUCUCCGACAACUCCCUCGCAGGCACGUGGCAGGCGAAUUUCACGGUGGAGAAUCCGAACCACGGGCUCGACGUGAUGUUCGAGCGGAUCGAGUCCAUGGUUUACUACAACGAGUUCUUGUUAGCCAACAAGGUGGAGAAGCCCAUGGAGCUGAAGCGGGACGGGAAGGCAGUCCUGGCGACCCGGCUUUCGAGCCCGGCGAGUAAAGAACGCAGCACGGGAGAGCCGCCGUUGAAGGAGAUGAAAAGUGAGCUGGACGGCACCCGGAGCCUGGAGUUCCGGCUGGCGAUGGGGGUUCUAGCGACGUUCAAGUCCGGGUCGGAUUUGAGCCGGCGAAUGACGUUUACCGUUGUUUGUUAUGGGUUGAAAACCCAGUUUAAGGAUAUUCCCGGUGUCGGAGUUUGGGAUGGUGUUAAACCCACUUGUACCCUAAUUUUUUAAUCUAAUUCGCUUUUGUUAAA